GAGGAGGUGAGAAGAGGAGGCCUGUGCCUGCUCCGGGGGCUGAGUGCCUUCAUCCCGCGACGGCUCCAGGACGUAAGUGCUGCUGUCAUCCCUCUCCCACAGAUGGGGACGCCGAGGCUCAGGACGUAACUUGCCCAAGGCCACAAAGCUGGGAGCAUCCCAGAUGCCCUCGGCUUGGCUGGCCCAGGACACCCUGCCUGUACUCCUGCUGUGCAACCUGGACAACCCGAGAGGCUCGCCUUGACCAAGGGGGCAGCGGCUGGUGAGCACCAAGCUGGCAAGAUGGCAGGGCGGGGAACCCGGGGCCUGACCAGGGCUGUUCUGAUCAUCCUGCUGCUUCCCGGAAGCCUGGAGGAGUGCGGGCACAUCAGCCUCCCCAUCCCCAUCGUCCGCCUGGGAGAUCCCAUCACAGCCUCCUGCACCGUCAGCCGGAACUGCAACCACCAGGGCCUGAAGCCACAGAUUCAGUGGAAACUGGGAGCAGAACUGCAGCCCGGGGGGAAGCAGCAGGGCCUGCCCGAUGGGACCCAGACAUCUACCAUCACCCUGCCCCACCUCAACCACACUCAGGCCUUUCUCUCCUGCUGCCUGUACUGGGGCGACAGCCUGCAGAUCCUGGACCAGGCUGAGCUGCGGGCAGGCUACCCUCCCGCCAUACCCGACAACCUGACGUGCCUCAUGAACCUCACGACUAACAGCCUCACCUGCCAGUGGGAGCCAGGACCAGAAACCCACCUGCCUACCAACUUCACCCUAAAGAGCUUCAGGAGCCGGGACAAUUGUCAGACCCAGGAGGACGCCAUCCCGGACUGCGUGCCCGAGGGCGGGCAGAGCCGCUGCUCCAUCCCACGCAAACACCUGCUGCUGUACCAGAACAUGGGCGUCUGGGUGCAGGCAGAGAACGCACUGGGGACCAGCGUGUCCGCACAGCUGUGCCUGGAGCCCAUGGACGUUGUGAAACUGGAGCCCCCCAGGCUGUGGGCCCUGGACCCACGCCAGGAGCCGAGCCCACCCCAACCAGGCUGCCUGUGGCUCGGCUGGGAGCCGUGGAAGCAGAGCUUGUAUGUGGAACAGAAGUGUGAGCUGCGUCACCAGCCGCGGCUUGGAGAGGCCAGCUGGGUGCUGGUGGAACCCCUGCCCUCCAAGACCCUCGAGUAUGAGCUCUGCGGGCUCCUCCCAGCCACAGUCUACACCCUGCAGAUGCGCUGCACCCGCUGGCCCCUGCCCGGUUACUGGAGCAACUGGAGCCCCAGCCUGGAGCUGAGGACCACUGAACAGGCCCCCAAUGUCAGACUGGAUGUGUGGUGGCAGCAGAGGCAGCUGGACCCCAGGAUAGUGGACGUGCAGCUGUUCUGGAAGCCAGUGCCCCUGAAGGAAGCCGGUGGGCAGAGCCAAGGGUACCUGGUCUCCAGAAGCCCCUCAGGCCAGCCUGGGCCAGACCCGCCCCUCUGCAACACCACGGAGCUAAGCUGCAGCUUCCACCUGCCUCGGGGAGUCCGGGAGGUGGCCCUUGUGGCCUAUAACACAGCAGGGACCUCUAGUCCCACCCCCGUGGUCUUCUGGGAGAGUACAGGCCCAGCUGUCGUCGGACUCCAUGCCACGGCCCCAGAUGCUCACAGCCUCUGGGUGGGCUGGGAGCCCCCCAGCCCUCUGCCUCAGGCCUAUGUGAUUGAGUGGGGCCUGGGUCCCCCCCGCCCCAGCAGCACCAACAGGACAUGGAGGAUGGAGCGGAAUGGGAGCAUCACAGGAGUGCUGCUGCGGGAGAACAUCAGGCCCUUUCAGCUCUACGAGAUCACAGUGACGCCCCUGUAUCAGGCCGCGGUGGGCCCCUCCCAGCACGUCUACACCUACUCCCAAGAGACAGCCCCUUUGCGCGCUCCAGAGCUGCAUCUGAGACACAUUGGCAAGACCUGGGCACAGCUGGAGUGGGUGCCCAAGCCCCCCGAGCUGGGAAGGAGCCCCUUUACCCACUACACCAUCUUCUGGACAAACGCACAGAACCAGGCUUUCUCCACCCUCCUGAACGCCUCCAGCAGCGGCUUCGUCCUCCAUGGCCUGGAGCCUGCCAGUUUGUACCACGUCCAUCUCAUGGCCGUCAGCCGGGCCGGGACCACCAACAGUACAGGCCUCACCCUGAUGACCUUGGCCCUAGAGCAGUCUGAGCUCCACACCCUCCUGGGCCUGUCCGGCUUCCUGCUCUUGCUCAUUGGCCUGUGUGGGACAGCCUGGGUCUGCUGCAGCCCCAGCAGGAAGAAUCCCCUCUGGCCCAGUGUUCCAGACCCAGCCCACAGCAGCCUGGGCUCCUGGGUUCCCACCAUCAUGGCGGAGGAGACCUUCCAGCUGCCCAGCCUGCGGGACCCUGGCAUGCCACCCAUCACCAAGGUCAUGGUGCUGGAGGAGGAGGAGAAGAAGCCAGGGCCCUGGGACUCCAGCGACAGCUCAGAGUUCUGUGGUCUCCCCACUUUGGUCCAGGCCUAUGUGCUCCAGGGGGACCCAAGAGCAGCUCUCCCCCUGCAGCCCCAGCCCCAUACCAGUGACCAAGUCCUUUAUGGGCAGGUGCUGGGCAGCCCCACAUGCCCAGGGCCAGGGAGCUACCUCCGCUGCGACUCUACCCAGCCCCUCCUGGAGGGCCUCACCCCCAGCCCCAAGUCCUAUGAGAACCUCUGGUUCCACGCCAGCCCCCUGGGGUCCCCAGUACCUUCAGCUCCAAGCCAGGGGGAAGACUGUGUCUUUGGACCUCUGCUUGACUUUCCUCUCCUACAGGGGCUCCGGGUCCAUGGGGUGGAGGGGGCGGGGGGGUUCUAGGGCUUCCUGGGACUCCAUACCUGGGCCUGCCCCUUAGAAGACCUGCGCUAGCCAGAGAGGAGGGGAUCAGUAUGCCAGUCACUGAAAACUUCCCCAGCCCCAGGAGAGGCAGAAAAGCACCCAGUCUCCCCCACACCCCACUUCCACACCCUUCCUCAUCCCUGCAUCCUUCCCCUCUCCCAGUCGCGACUGCUGGGCCUCCAGGUGAUCAGCCAGUCAGCCCCGCCAGGCUGGGUGCUUGUUUUCUGUAAGCCCCUUCUCCUAAACUAGUUUCCGGUUUGA